UAACUGAAGAAGAUCCCAGGUGAUUCCUAUGCUUAGUCCCCUCUGAAUAUUUGAACUCAGAAUCGCAGAGACUGAGUGCUCUGGUGAUUACUGUGGCCAGGUCUGCCUGGGAAACUCCUUCUCGUCUCUCUCCACAUGCCUUUAUUUCUUGGACCAGAUGGAGCCAAAAAGCCAAGAAGGCCCUCCAGCCUGAGGCAUGGGGGGAGCACAGCUGCUCCCUAGAAACAGGAAAGGGGCAAGGUGGUUCCUCCAUGAUCUAUGAUGUGAUGCGUCAGAGGAAACAGAGGCGGGGGGACUGUGGGGUUAUGAGAACCACAGAGGCUGCAGCUGGGAGCCGGAGCUCUGAGGAGUAGCACCUGUGUCUACCCGGGACUCAGAUCCCCUAGGCCACACUCUUCAGCCCUGCUGUGCUGGGUACGAGUGCCCAAUCUGGUCUCCCCGAGAAGCAAAGGGCUACAGUACCCGUGUCGUGGAGAUUGUUGUCUGCUGACAAAGGAGCUCAAUUACCUCAACACCUCAACCUACUCUGACCACUCUCUGGUGAUCGAUCUUCCAUUCUGAGAGUCAACCUGCUAGGGCCUAAGAUGCAGGCUGCCUUAGGACCUGCAAAGGCCUGACCUGCCGGGCCAGCGUGCACAUUGGCUGACUGCCCUCACCAAACUUCUGAUGGCAAACCUGUUCAGUGUGCUUCUGAGAGUGUGCUGAGGAAUGAUGGGAAGUUUGCCCAGCAGAGGGAAAAACUCCAGCCCAAGCUCCAGUUCCAGCUCCUCUGGUCCAGGCCCGGAACCUGUGUCCAUACAAGCAGAAAGACAGAAGGUCUCGGCUGUGGCCCUGGGCAGUUUCCCAGCAGGUGAGCAGGCCAGACUAUCUCUGAGAGUCGGGGAACCACUGACCAUCAUAUCUGAGGAUGGAGAUUGGUGGACAGUCCAGUCGGAAGUCUCAGGCAGAGAGUAUCAUAUCCCCAGUGUGUAUGUGGCUAAAAUCUCCCACGGGUGGCUGUAUGAGGGCCUGAGCCGGGAGAAAGCUGAGGAACUUCUCUUAUUACCUGGGAACCCCGGAGGAGCCUUCCUCAUCAGGGAGAGCCAGACCAGGAGAGGCUGCUAUUCCCUGUCCAUCCGCCUCAGCCGCCCUGCUUCUUGGGACCGGAUCAGACACUACAGGAUACAGCGUCUUGACAACGGCUGGCUGUACAUCUCACCUCGCCUCACCUUCCCCUCACUCCACGCCCUGGUGGAACAUUACUCUGAGCUAGCAGAUGGCAUCUGCUGUGCCCUCAGGGAGCCCUGUGUCCUGCAGAAGCUUGGGCCGCUACCUGGCAAAGAUACACCUCUACCUGUGACUGUGCCAACAUCAUCACUGAAUUGGAAAAAGCUAGACAGGAGCCUCCUGUUUUUGGACGCACCUGCCAGUGGGGAGGCCUCUCUUCUCAGUGAGGGCCUCCGGGAAUCCCUCAGUUCCUACAUCAGCCUGACUGAGGAGACCUCCUUGGACGAUGCCUAGUCCUGAAGCUGGAAGCUAAAGGGAACCAAGGCAGUGGCACCUAGAACUCUAACUUGGCUGACCCUGACAAAGCUCCCCAGAGGCAAGGCUGUGAAAGCAGAUGGUGGGGGUGGGGACACACAUUCAGGGCCUCACCUGGACCUUCUGAUAAGCCUGGAUCUUCCAAGGCCUCAUCCCUGCCUAUAAGUUCUAGUUUGUGUGCAGCACAGUUCAAAGCAGGGCCAGGCCUGUACGGAAAGCAAGAUACUUCCGAGGUCUGGUAAGUCACUUCCUGAGAGGAAUGUCCAGUACAACAGCUAACCAGCCCUACUAAAAUGGAGAGAGAUCCUCACUACCAUAGAGAGAAAAAAUAUUAGGGAAAUCCACAAGUCUCAUUCAGCAUGCAAACACAUUUGAGACAGUAGAAUGGUCGGAUUGCAAAAACAAGCAGAACCCUUGAUGGCUUUAGCACAGCAGACCACCUAAUUCCCACACCACAGGAAGACUGACAAUCCAGACCUUCCCCUGAUCGCCCAAGUCCUUUCAGCCAAGCUCAAGUGUUCAUCCAAACUCGGCCAGGUCUUCCCUGUACACCAGUCCUGCCAUCUGGUGGUCAAACACAAAAUGACACCGUUUAAAUCUCAAUCUAGACCAGUCACCUAAGUGCUGGGUCAGGACAUCAGGUGGUGGACCCUCUCCGAAAUGCCAAAACCAAGGCAAUAACCUUCACCAACUCCAGCCAAAAGAGAGAAUCUGGCUGCUACUGCUGCUGUGGGAGGAGGGGGAAGAAGGAAGAAAGCAGGGGCCAUGCUACACACUCCUCCUAGGGUCUGAGGGUAUGGUCAGUAGGUAAGCAAGGCUUUAGUUUGCGAGGCAUGCCAACACACUUUCAGUUAAAGAUUUGUUUAUUCAAGUAUCUGAAAACAUCCUACAAUGGAACUUAGUAGAUGGCUGCUUGUAUUGUACCAUGGACCACGCACAUGGUGUUUUCAGAAGACUUGAGAUGCAGUGAUGGUUUAAAAACUGUACACCUGACGGAGAACCAAGGAAGACAAUGUUUCAUCCGGAUCCAGAGGCGCAUCAGAUUCAACAGCGGCUCCACUUGGCAAACAGCUGUUACAUGAUGGUAUCCAAGGACAGAUUGUUGACAAUGGACAAACUCAGAAAUGCUUCCCCAAAGGCGGAUGGUUCUUUAAAAAGUUUCACAACCCUUGCAGGAAAACACUGAUGCCCAACACGCUGAUUCUAAGUCCAGGAGACGUGGGUCUUCUCGGUUCCACACAGCAGGAGUGCCCCAAUAAGCAUGUAUCUGUGCUGUAAUAAAAGGGUCCUUUGGACUGGACAGAAGGGACGGGAGCAAAUGCCAUCAGUCAUAGUGGAUGGCCGUGUAAAAGAUGAUCCAAAUGACCUAUGGGAGACACAAGCAAUAUUCAUGUCGUCACCGGAUGGUUAAUGCAGGCCCCUCCCCCACAUGAAGAUGGCAAUACACAACUCUGAGGUCUUUAGGAUGUUCGCAAAUUCCAAACCAUCCAAGAAAAGGUCUGUUCCAUGGUCACUUACUUCCCAUCUCUCUCCCUUCAAGUACUGACAACCAUUAACCUACUUUCUGCCUCAUGGCCUUGUGUUUUUUGGAUAUUUUACUAAGGGGAACCAUGUAGCCUUUUAUGUCUAGAUUCUUCCAUUUGGCAUAAUGUUUUCAAGGUUCACCUAUACUGCAGGACCACAGACAAUUAUUUUACUGCAUGGCUAGAAAACACUUUACACUUCAGAUGACCGCCAUCUGAGUGGUUUACUUCUCCCUAUUAUGAAUAAUGGAUAUGUUUCAUAUGCACA